AUGCUGAAAUUGAGAGGAGAAAUAUUGGGCAAUCGUGAAGAGGUACAAGAGGAGACGGUUACAUUUUAUAAAAAGCUUUAUCUAGAAACAGAAGACUGGAGGGGUAUCAAAUCUUAUGCAGGUGACAAAGCACCAGGGCUAGAUGGUUGCUAUGACACUCUAGUUUUUUUGUGGAGCCAGAUGCUGAUACUAAGGGUGAUUUUCAUUAGUUUGGAAGUUGUUUCUGGGGAAGAGGCCAUAAUUAGCAAGAAGGAAGGGGAGAGCGGGGAUCAAGAAUAUGAAAAUGCAAAACAAAACCCUAAUGAUGAAGUGGUUAUGGAAAUUUAUUACAUGAGAGAACAUACUGUGGAGGAGAUUAUUUGUGCAAAGAAGGGGGUUUAUGCAAAGAGGAUUUUGGAAAUGAAUCCAGAGAAAGAGGAUGAGGAGGAUGGUGCAAAUAUUGAUCUCGACUCACAAAGGAAGGGCAAAUAUGUAGUUCUGAAAACAUCCACGCGCCAGACAAUUUUUCUGCCUGUUGUUGGCCUUGUUGACCCGGACAAUUUAAAGCCUAGUGAUCUGGUCGGAGUAAACAAAGAUAGUUAUCUGAUAUUAGACACUUUGCCAUCUGAAUAUGAUUCACGGGUGAAGGCAAUGGAAGUUCAUGAAAAACGAACUGAAGACGACAAUGAUAUUGGAGGCCUGGAGAAACAGAUUCAAGAACUCGUAGAGGCAAUUGUUUUGCCUAUGACGCACAAAGAACGGUUCCAGAAAUUAGGCGUUCGUUCUCCAAAAGGAGUCCUUUUGUAUGGGCCUCCUGGGACUGGGAAAAAUCUCAUGGCCCGAGCUUGUGCUGCACAGACAAAUGCCACUUCUCUUAGGCUAGCAGGGCCACAGCUUGUGCAGAUGUUCAUCGGAGAUGGGGCGAAACUUGUUCGUGAUGCUUUCCAGCUGGCAAAGGAGAAAUCACCGUGCAGCAUUUUUAUUGAUGAGAUUGAUGCUAUAGGCACAAAGCGAUUUGACAGUGAAGUUAGUGGUGAUCGAGUGGUCCAAAGAACUAUGUUGGAGUUACUUAAUCAGCUUGAUGGUUUCAGCAGUGAUGAUCGGAUAAAGGUGAAUGCAGCAACAAACCGAGCUGAUAUUUUGGAUCCUGCUUUGAUGCGAUCUGGUCGAUUAGAUCGUAAGAUUGAGUUCCCCCAUCCUACAGAGGAAGCUAGGGCUCGAAUCUUGCAGAUUCACUCUAGAAAGAUGAAUGUUCACCCUGAUGUCAACUUUGAGGAGUUAGCUCGAUCUACAGAUGAUUUUAACGGGGAUCAAUUAAAAGCUUUAUGUGUUGAGGCAGGCAUGUUAGCACUCCGACGUGAUGCCACUGAGGUUACCCAUGAAGAUUUCAAUGAAGGCAUUAUUCAGGUUCAGGCGAAGAAGAAAGCCAGCUUAAAGUACUAUGCUUAAAUCAACUAGAUGUGCCAUAGACAGUACCAUUUUAUUUUUUAGAGUGAAGAUUGACAACGUAAUGGCCCCCCAUCCCUUGGACAUUAGCAUUUUAGGUGCUAGACCCCUUGGCUGUUAACUUGCUCGUAUCAGAAAUGGUGCAUGGUGUUAUUUUUUAUAUUUUCUUAAAUUUUUUUCCUUAUAGGUUAUUGUUGUGUGAGGUGAUGGCCUACAGAAAGCCUAAAAGAGAUUUUUUUUUUAAAGACAAGUCCCCAUAGGGCUAUUUGUAUUAACUGAAGUGAUGUCUGGAAACAAGAAAAAGGGAAAGUGCAUCUAUCUAAGAAAAGGAAAAAAGGAAAGUAAAUCCUAUUCUAAAAUGUAAAGCAAUUCUCAAUUCUUCAUCAAAUUCAAGUUUUCCUCCUGCACUUUGAAGAUCCUUCUUUGUUGCUGCCUCUUUUUGGAACCAUGUUAUUGGAACUUCUUGUUUCUACAUGUGCUCUAUUGUUUCUAAAAAAGGUAUGUCGGCAAGUAGGGUAUUUAUUAAUAAAUUAAUAGUAAAAUAGUAAAUGGGAUUAGGUUAUCUGUUUGAAAAGAGAAGUUGGAUAUAGUAAUUGAAGAUUUUACAUUUUACAAAACCAGUCGAAUGAAGAUCUUUCAUUUAGAGAUGUCAAUGGAUGUGGGGUGGGCGGGUUUAAGGUUGUGCAGGGUAGGAGUAUGGGUGGAUUGAAGUGGGUUUUAUAAAAUUAAUGUGAGGUCGGGUGGUUAUAUGUGAUUGUAUGUGGGUUUAGAUUUAAU